AUGUCUACCCUCCUCGUGGGAAAGCCCCUCGACUGGGCAAUCACUGCAACCGCAGGCUCAGGCUUUUUACUCUUCGGCUACGACCAAGGGGUAAUGUCAGGCCUGUUAACAGGCGAUGCUUUCACAAAGACGUUUCCCGAGAUUGACACUACCAACGGUGGUGGAGGGAGUUCCUCUCUCCAAGGCACCGUCGUGGCCAUUUACGAGAUCGGAUGCUUCUUUGGCGCCAUCUUUUGUCUCCUUGCUGGAGAGUAUCUUGGUAGACGUAGGUCCAUCAUGAUUGGGUGUGUUGUUUUGAGUAUUGGCGCUGCUCUGCAAGCUUCUGCUUUUGGGAUUCCGCAGAUGAUUGUUGGACGCAUCGUUGCGGGAUUGGGAAACGGCAUGAACACGAGUACAAUUCCUGUGUGGCACUCUGAACUCAUGAAGGCCAAAAACAGAGGCCGUGGUCUAGCCGUCGAGCUAGCCAUCAACAUCUUUGGCGUAAUGCUCUCCUACUGGGUAGACUACGGCAUGUCAUUCGUCUCCAACGACUCUCAAUUCCGCUUCCCCCUCGCUCUUCAAAUCCUCUUUGCCGUCAUGACCUUUUUCGGAAUCCUCGUGCUCCCCGAGUCUCCUCGUUGGCUCAUUGCGCACGAUCGACAUGACGAGGCUAGAGAGAUUCUCUGGGCUGUGAGGAAGGAUGCAAAGUCGAUUAGCAAGGAUGAUGAGUCUAUUAGUCGGAGUUUGGCUGAGAUUCAACAUACUAUUAAGGAGGAGCGAGAAGCUGCCCAGACAAGUAGUUUCAAGGCUAUGCUGAAGAAUGGAGAGCAAAAGUUCCUCUAUAGAACUUUGCUGGGUGUCGGCGCUCAGUUUGCACAGCAGCUUUCUGGUAUCAACCUCAUCACAUACUAUGCGCCCGUCAUCUUUCAGGAGUCGGUCGGCAUGUCUCACAACCUGAGUCUCCUUCUUGCAGGCUUCAACGGCAUCGCUUACUUCCUUUCGUCUCUGAUCCCAAUCUGGGUCAUUGACCGUCUUGGUCGACGUAAGCUUAUGAUGUUUGCGGCGGCUGGUCAGUGUGGAUGCAUGGCUAUCCUUGCUGGGACUGUGUCUACUGGAAAGUCUGCACCUGGUAUCGUUGCCAUUGUAAUGCUCUUCAUGUUCAACUUCUUCUUUGCCGUCGGUCUCCUCGCCAUCCCCUGGCUCUUACCCGCCGAAUACGCCCCCCUCGCAAUCCGAACCCGCGCCGCAGCCCUAGCAACAGCAUCAAACUGGAUCUUCACCUUUCUCGUCGUCGAAAUCACUCCCGUCUCCAUCUCAAGCAUCGGUUGGAAGACAUACGUCUACUUUUGCAUCUUCAACUUUGCCUUUAUCCCCAUGUUCUACUUCUUCUACCCCGAGACGAGACUCUUGUCGCUCGAGCAGAUCGACAAGCUGUUUACUGGUGAGAAGAUCAUGCUGCACUGGGAUCACAGCAUGGGUGUGCCGGGUGAGGUUUCGGGUGGAAAAGACUACGCACGAGACCAAGACGGAGUCUCUGUAGGAUCAUAUUGA